AUGUCAGGCAGCGCAAUUCACACAGACCCUUUCUCGGAUCGGAUCAAGCGCAGAUCGGCAAGGGGUGAUCCGUGCGCUCAGCCGACGCUCAAGCCUCGUCCAAAGGUGAGCAUCAUCGGCUGGUCUGUACUUCUACCCUCUUUGUCUGCUUCGCUCGGCCUCGUCGACGUGCGCGAUUGCACCUUGGACACAAUGUCGCCCUCACCCCUUCGCAAACUCUCGCUCGCACUCAGUCUGACGUCGUCCCGGUCUGACAGCGAAAGUGACCUCGAGAGUGGGAGCAAGGGAACAGACUAUAGCGAUAGGGAUCGGACGAUACGGGCCCCCAAAGCAACGCCUACCGUCCAAUCUCAGCGUGUAUCAGCAUCAAGUGGACAUCGUCCCUCUGGAAGAGACUCGACCAUCAGGCGCAGGCCAGAUCGCCGUGCCAGGACUGCUCAUCAAAGCAUCCAGUCGCGCUCGAGCCGACCUGCUCAUCACGACGCACGAUCGUCUCGUCCGACGAAGCGCACAACAGAGCGUACAGCCAUGAUCCUCAGUCGUAGCUCCUCGUCUUCUUCCUCAUCGGGUGGGCUGGUCUCAAAGCCUUCAAGCAAACGCGCUUCGCGACGCGCUCAACCUCCUGUGGCUGAUCAAGGUCGAUACCAUCACGGUGCAGACCCGGAAGAGUUCUUUGUGAAGCAGCAGAUCAUCGGCAAAGGCAGCUUUGGCCAAGUCUUCAAAGGAUUCGACAAGCGGACGAAUCAGCCAGUUGCCAUCAAGCUCAUCGAUCUUGAAUCCGCCGAGGACGAGAUCGAAGAUAUCCAGCAAGAGAUUGCAAUCCUGAGCCAGCUCGUGUCGCCCUAUCAUGUGUCUGACCGGCCAAGCAGAUAUUAUGGUUCAUACCUCAAAGAUUCGACGCUGUGGAUCGUCAUGGAAUACUGUGGCGGUGGUUCGUGCAGCGAUCUCAUGAAAGCCGGCAAGAUCCGAGAGGAGUAUAUCGCCAUCAUCAUGCGCGAGCUGCUCCAUGGCCUGGAUUAUCUACAUACCGAGGGCAAGCUGCAUCGCGACAUCAAGGCAGCCAACGUCUUGCUCACGUCCAGCGGCGCUGUCAAGCUUGCCGACUUUGGCGUCUCUGGUCAACUGACCACGACGAUGACCAAGAAAAACACCUUUGUCGGAACACCGUACUGGAUGAGUCCAGAAGUCAUCAAACAAUCUGGCUACGAUUCGAAAGCAGAUAUCUGGUCACUGGGUAUCACCGCGAUCGAGCUCGCGCACGGGCAGCCGCCGCACUCCGAUCUGCACCCGAUGAAGGUGCUGUUCGUCAUUCCGCGCAAUCCACCACCGACGCUGGACGAUCGCUUCUCCAAGCAAUUCAAAGAUUUCGUCGCGCUUUGUUGCCAACGAGAUCCCAAGCUGCGCCCUUCUGCUCGCGAACUGCUGAAACAUCGCUUUGUCAAGCAUGCAAAGAAGCCAACCUAUCUCACCGAACUCAUCGAUCUGCACGAGCGGUGGAGACUUCGCAAGGGCGUCACGCAUCAGUCGCUCGAGCCCAUGCUUCGCGUGCCAGAUGCGUUACCUACGCUUGAUUGGGACUUUGAUACUGUUCGCCACAAAAGCUCGACACUGCGUAAGAAGCCGUCUGCUCUCGAGCAUCAGCGGUUCGUGCCCUCUCGACCAGCUCCUCCUCGUCCGACCCCUCCACCUCAAACAGCACCGCUUACCGCGGUGGUAUCUAUUCCGUCCAGCCUGCCGAACCUUGUGCUACCUUGCGAAGCGUCUUCCCAGUACGACGAAACGACCCAACGCCGCAUUGAUGUGCAGGCAACCUCUCAUCCGCAAAUACCUUGCGAGCGAUCAGAAUCUGCCAUGGCGGUGUCAUGUGAAGAAGAGACCUCCAUCUUGGAAAGUGUCGUCUUGCCCGUCUUGGUCUCGAUUGAGGAUCGCAUCCGCUCACAACAAGGUCGACUGGCGGUAUCCAAGCUACGUCACGCGCUAGAAGAGGCUGAGCGAGAUGUGCCGGGCCUUAUUCAAGUCAUGGUCAGCGACAUAUGUGAUCAAGUAGAGUGGGCGGAUCAAGAUUAG